AUGAAAACUGAUCCACAAAAUUCAGAUUAUAUUGUCGAAUUUGAUGCGACUAGAAAUUUUGAACCUUGGCGUGUAGAAUAUGAAGAAACUGAUAAAAUGAAUCAGAAGAGGAACUUUGAAGAGAUGGGAGAUGUUAUGAAAUUGUUAGAGAAUAGAACCGGGGAUUCUAAAAGGGAGAUGGACAUCCUAGCUGCAUUGGAUGAGAUGAAGUCAAUGAAGUCUAGGCAUACUGUUUCAGUUGAUGAAAUGUUGGAGGCUCUGCAGCACACAGCAGUUCAUAAGGAGAAGAGGCUAGUAGAAGAAGAUGAAACACUGAUAAAAUCAGUUGUCUUCCAUAAUUCAGGAGGUUAUGUCAAAAGAAUUCGUGAUGAAGAUAUUGAAACUGAUGAGCAAUUAGAUGAUCUUUCAAAUGGUCAUGGUGAAACAUUCUAUUAUAAUGCAAAGAAGCAAAAGCAAAAGAUUUCUGAAGAUCAUCCAAGCAAAUCAACGAACACUCUCACAAAAGCUAGUUUGGAUGAUUCUGGCAAACAAGCAAACGCACGCAUUAGUGGAAAGCUUGAUUCUUUAGUGAAGGAUUUCUCCAAAAAUUUUGCUGUGGCAGAUUACAAACUGAUUCAAACUUUAUGCCACAACUCUGAGACACCUGAAACUUGUAUGAAGUGUGUGGAGUCUUCUAAAGGGGCUGUGAAAGCUGAUGGUGUUGGAAUUGCCAGAAUCGUUGUGAACUGCAUGAAGGAUGAGGCGAAAACAUUGUCACACAGCAUCACGAAGUUGGCUUCUACAUCACAUGGAAAGCUCAAGUCUGUUUGUAAAAGGUGUGCAAAAGAGUAUGGCUACCACAUUGGGAAGAAAGAGUUCGUCACAAUCCACCAUGCAUUGAAGCAUCACAAAUAUGACCAUGCUGAACUUUUUGUGGCAAGAGCUCUAAGUGUGGAUGUUGCAUGUCGCUCGGAUCUGCAUCAUUACCAUGAUAAAGUGCCAAGUGAUGUUUUUAAUAAUAUGAAGGUGUUUGAGGAACUCUCUGAGGCUGCUUGUAGAAUAAUGGAAAAGCUUUAUUAG